UGAUACGAGCAGGAUACCGGGGGCUAGAGACCCCCCCACAUAUGUCAAAGACGACUCCGAUUGAUUCUUUUUUACCCAGGAAGACAAAUAUUGUACGCGAAGAGAUACAUUGGAGAAGUUGUUUAAAUCGGAACCGGUGAUAUUUUGACAACUUUAAAGCUUGUAGUCUUAAGUAGACCUCCGAUCGGACCGACGCUUUGUAACGCAGCGAACACGAAAAGGAGGUCAGAAAUCGGGGGACCCUUGGAGCUUUCAGUCGUUGCCGAAGAAGGACUUUAGCCUCGCAGAGAGCCGGGUCUUCCGGACAGAGACCUCAUGAAUGGACAUCGGAACAACAGGAGCUCUGUUCUCUUUGCCACGGCGACCAGGUUAUGGCACCAUCGGGAAACCCAUCCGGCUCCUGGCCAACUGCUUCCAGGUGGAGAUUCCCAAAAUUGACGUGUACCUGUAUGAGGUGGACAUCAAGCCAGACAAGUGCCCGCGCAGGGUCAACAGGGAAGUGGUGGACUCCAUGGUUCAACAUUUCAAGGUGACGAUCUUUGGGGACCGUUUGCCAGUUUACGAUGGGAAGAGGAGCCUCUACACGGCACAGCCUCUGCCUGUCGCCACCAGUGGGGUGGACUUGGAUGUGACUCUUCCUGGUGAGGGAGGUAAAGACCGGCCAUUCAAAGUGACCAUUCGCUUUGUGUCCCUGGUGAGCUGGCACAUGCUGCACGAGGUCUUGACGGGGCGAGCUGUGGCUGAGCCCGUGGACCUGGACAAACCCAUCAGCACCAACCCAGUGCAUGCUGUGGAUGUAGUACUGCGUCACCUGCCUUCCAUGAAAUACACUCCUGUGGGCCGCUCCUUCUUCUCAUCUCCGGAGGACUACGACCACCCGCUGGGAGGGGGGCGGGAGGUGUGGUUCGGCUUUCACCAGUCGGUCCGCCCCGCCAUGUGGAAAAUGAUGCUCAAUAUCGAUGUCUCUGCCACAGCGUUUUACAAAGCUCAGCCCGUGAUCCAGUUCAUGUGUGAAGUCCUGGACAUCCACAACAUUGAUGAGCAGCCGCGCCCCCUCACGGACUCGCACCGCGUCAAAUUCACCAAAGAGAUCAAAGGUCUGAAAGUAGAAGUAACACAUUGUGGGACGAUGAGAAGAAAAUACAGAGUCUGCAACGUGACACGACGACCGGCCAGUCUCCAGACAUUUCCUUUGCAGUUGGAGAACGGUCAGACGGUGGAGCGGACAGUGGCUCAGUAUUUCAGAGAGAAGUAUAACCUGCAGCUGAAGUACCCACAUCUGCCCUGUCUGCAGGUGGGGCAGGAGCAGAAGCACACUUAUCUGCCCCUCGAGGUGUGCAACAUUGUGGCUGGGCAGCGCUGUAUAAAGAAGCUCACAGAUAACCAGACGUCAAUGAUGAUCAAAGCCACAGCGCGCUCUGCUCCUGACAGACAGGAGGAGAUCAGCAGACUGGUGCGCAGUGCGAACUAUGAAUCUGACCCGUUUGUUCAGGAGUUCCAGUUCCGAAUUCGGGAUGAGAUGGCUCAGGUGACGGGCCGUGUGCUGCCGGCCCCCAUGCUGCAGUACGGCGGCAGGGUGAGCUCUGAGCCCUUCAUGAACCGCACAGUGGCAACUCCGAGUCACGGCGUGUGGGAUAUGAGAGGGAAACAGUUUCACACCGGAGUCGAGAUCAAGAUGUGGGCCAUCGCCUGCUUUGCCACUCAGCGCCAGUGCAGAGAGGAGAUCCUCAAGAGUUUCACAGACCAGCUGAGAAAGAUCUCUAAAGAUGCUGGGAUGCCGAUCCAGGGCCAGCCAUGUUUCUGUAAAUAUGCUCAGGGUGCAGACAGCGUGGAGCCCAUGUUCAGACAUCUCAAAAACACAUAUGCCGGACUGCAGCUGAUCAUCGUCAUCCUGCCCGGAAAAACCCCUGUAUACGCUGAAGUCAAGCGUGUUGGAGACACAUUGUUGGGGAUGGCCACUCAGUGCGUUCAAGUGAAAAACGUGGUUAAGACGUCACCUCAAACUCUGUCUAACCUCUGCCUCAAAAUCAAUGUCAAACUGGGAGGAAUCAACAACAUCUUGGUCCCACACCAACGUCCCUCAGUUUUCCAGCAGCCGAUUAUCUUCCUUGGAGCAGAUGUCACUCACCCUCCAGCUGGAGACGGAAAGAAGCCAUCUAUAGCAGCCGUGGUGGGCAGUAUGGAUGCCCACCCCAGCCGGUACUGUGCCACGGUGCGAGUGCAGAGGCCGAGACAGGAGAUCAUCCAGGACCUGGCCUCCAUGGUUCGAGAGCUGCUAAUCCAGUUUUACAAAUCCACCAGAUACAAACCCACCAGGAUCAUCUUCUACAGGGACGGAGUGUCAGAGGGGCAGUUCAGACAGGUGCUGUACUAUGAGUUGCUGGCGAUCAGAGAGGCCUGUAUUAGUCUGGAGACGGAGUACCAGCCUGGGAUUACCUACAUCGUGGUCCAGAAGCGCCAUCACACUAGAUUGUUCUGUGCCGACCGCAAUGAGAGGGUUGGUCGAAGUGGAAACAUUCCUGCCGGUACCACAGUGGACACGGACAUCACGCACCCUUAUGAGUUUGACUUUUACCUCUGCAGCCACGCAGGCAUCCAGGGCACCAGUCGGCCCUCUCACUAUCACGUUCUCUGGGACGAUAACUGCUUCACUGCAGAUGAGUUUCAGCUGCUGACAUACCAGCUGUGCCACACGUAUGUCCGCUGCACCCGCUCCGUCUCCAUCCCUGCACCCGCAUACUAUGCCCACCUCGUGGCCUUCAGGGCUCGCUACCACUUGGUCGACAAGGAGCACGACAGUGCGGAGGGCAGUCAUGUUUCGGGGCAGAGUAACGGCAGAGACCCUCAGGCCUUGGCUAAAGCUGUUCAGAUUCACCAUGACACUCUGCGGACCAUGUACUUCGCCUGAGACCCUUCAAAAACCAGUCCAGACCUGACCAGACCUGACUAGUCCUGCCUGAAGCUGAAGAGGACUGGGUCCACCACUCACCUCUGCCUCUGUGCUGGUGCUUUUUUGGUCCACAAGGGGGUGACAAGAAAGCCAGAGAGGAUUAUAGCCACAAUAUGCAACUAAACCAGCUAACUGCCUCUGUGCGCACGCCAUGUAUUAAGAUAUCUGCAUUUCCCACACUCCAUUUUAGACCUACAGCUUCGCAAAGUUGUAUUUUAUUUAUGCUUUUAAGUACGGUGCGUUCAAAUGUAGUUGAAAAUGUGGGUGCUUUGAUUCAUGGUGAAAGCAGGUAGCAGCCACAGUGACUUGCCUUGUGUUGAGCCUAAAGACGCUGGUUAAAACUGUAGACAGAUUUACAUUUAUGUUUGUGCGUCCGUUUGUGUAACUGUGACCUAUACAUGUGGAUGGUGAGAGAGUGAAUGCCAUGGCAACACCCUGUUAAAACGAUGAGCUCCCAUAGACUUUUUAUAGAAGAGUGGACUUUUUCUACCUACAUGCAAUAUUGGCUGGUGUAUUCACAAUGAUGCAUGCAGUGGUUGAAAACAGUAAUGUACCAAAUUUGAUCAAUGUAAAACAUUUUAUGUAAAUACAUUUAAACUUAUGUCAUCAGGAAAUGUUUGGCAUUUUAAGUAUCAUAUAAAACAAAGAGGACUAAAACAAGACCAUAACAGUCCAAAAACAUUAAUAAAUGUAUUUUAGUCCAGGAUCAGAUCUAAACAAGAUUUCAAACAACAAAAUGACAAAAAAAUAUCACCUCAAGUUUGAGAACGACCAAUAUUACAAUUUCGUACUUCUUAAACUUGAUUAAUGAAACAUGUUUAAUAAAAUACUAAUUUUCUCUUUUAACACAUAAUGAUCUUGGUGCUCCAGACUUGUUCAAAUGUGGUCAGUACAUCAUUUCAAUCAGUGAUUUCUUCUGUUCAGUUUUUGUUACUUUGUCUAUGGGAGCGUCGAAAAAUGCAGCAUUGCCCUUUAACUAAUUUCUGUAUUUUUAGUGGCUGGUCAUUUAUUGCCUCUUUUAAAAAAAGCCAAUGGUGACUUGAAUUGCCACGAUACAGUAUAAAGCCUAAAACUGCACAAUAUUCUGAAAUAUUUUAACCAAAACAUUCAGCCAUUUUAAUUUACUUGAUGUGCGAAUGAAUUGAUGCCAUUGGCAUUAUUAUUUAGUUAUACCAAUUGUAUGUAUAUUUUACUACUCUUUGCUAUUUAUUUCUUUUAAAUUAAAUUUCAGCAAUAUAUUAUAGUUGAUACAGUUUCUUAUCACCACAAUUUUUAGACAUUUUUGCCAUUUUUAUUGACCAAUUAAGUUAUGAAGAGCCCUUCUGUGCAAUAAAAAGUUAAUAUUUAAGAAAUCAGAACCCUAAAUAGUUGAAAGAUUAUUAUUUAAAUUGUGAAUUGAAAAAGGUUUGUUGUAAGUGAGAUUUUGGCAAGUGACAAUGAAGUGAGUGGGUUGUGCAGUAUUGGAGAUAUUUUGGAGAAAUCACAAAAAGUGCCUGAAAAGUUGAUAGAAAGUCUUGUUGUUUUUUUAAGGCGUAGACAACGGUUUGGUGCCUCUUGUGUUUAAAAUAGUUGGCUGUUUCUGGAGUAAAAUUGUGUUUAAUUAUAAUAUGUGACCUGACACUAUACUUUUGACUAUAGGUUUUACAAAUGGAGAAAUUUUAUAAAUGAAAACUUUAUAUGGAAACGCACAGGAUAAUCAUCAUGCUUCAAUAAAAUCUCAUACAAUUUCUUGCCGUAGAAUUGCAUCUAGUAGUAGAGCUUGAAAAGACCACUG